AUGCUGAGGCGAUUCUCUCAUCUCUCCGCCGUCUUUAUUUUUCUCUUUACAUGGAUUUUUGAAUACGGGUACUCAAUCGAUUUUCCAACCUACAAGCCAAGCGAGCAAUAUAAGUGCGGUGCAUUUCUUCGUGGUCGCGUGGAUGACCGUGCCCUCUCCCUCUAUUACGGCGGAAUUCGACAAUUCGUUGACUGGCUCUCAUUACCAUUUCCACAUCGAGAGCUCUUGUCCAACGAUGCUCUCCGUGGGGAUCUCAACGAGUGGCGGGAUUCUCUCGAGAAUCGAACUCUACAGUGGGUCUCCUGGCAGCAAUGGUGGCUUUCGGUAGCGGUUGGAGUGUUGAUUCUUUCAAUUCUCUUCCCAAUCUGCUACAUUCUCUACCGAUGUUGUGUUUGUUGUUGUGAUGAUGGAGGGAAGAAGACUUCAACUGACACAGAAUAUGAUGGAUGUAAAAGAAAUUUCCUCAACAUCGUCAUUGCAGUGCUGGUCGUUAUCAAUGUAUUCGCUGCAGCCUCGCUUCUCGUCACAUCUCAAUAUGCUGAGUAUGGGUUAGAAGAGUUGCCAAAUCGAUUGAAUCAAUGCGUUGACGAUUUGAAUUUGUACAAAAGGGAGACUGAUUUGAAAGUCCGAAAGCUGCUGAUCGAUGAUUUCAAUUUGGCAAGCGAGUCGUUGAUGCAACAGAUCAGUCACGCCGGGCACUCCGUCAUUGAUCGCGUCAAGAAAGUCACUGGAGCUCACGCGAUCGAUAUUUUCCUCAACAUAACACAAGGAGCCAAUGACGUGCGACAUGUGCUUCUCGAAGUGGCACAACAGGCGCGAGAGCUCAACGAGGCUGCUGGCCAGUUCGCUGUCGAGUUUGGACGAUUGAGGAAAACGGCUGAAAAUGAAAUUGCUCAAUGUACACAUACUGAACCAGAUUCUUUGAAAACAAUGUGCCUACAAGCUCAACGCCUUCUCGAUAACAUCAGUAGCAUUAAGUUCGAAAUCAGUGAGCAAUUCUUGAUGGGUGACAACGCUAAAGCUUUGACGAGGAUAGCUGAAGCGAGCGUCUCGAGUUUGCUUGUUCAAUCUAAUCAGCAAUUCAUUGUUCUCGAAAAUGAGCUACAAAGGGAUAUCAAUCAGAGAUCGUAUGCUGCUCAAAACAUGCUCAAAACUAUCGGCGAUGACUUGUUUCAAACAGCUGAGAGCGUUUCAACGUACAUCAGACAAUUAAACUUUGAUCCUCUCUACCAGGCUAUCGCCGUUUACAAUGGAGACAAGUACUUCCCAGUCAAAGAUUACAUCCACUACAGUUGGUACAUUUCAUUAGCUGUGACCGGAUUGGUGUGCCUUGCUUCUCUCUCAUUCUUGUUCGGUCUCUUUUUCGGGAUUUGUGGCCGAAGACCCACCUAUUACAAUGAUGAUUGCUGUGUUCGAUCGACUGGUGCAAGCUUCUAUUCUUGUGGAAUCUGGAUGUUGCUAUGUCUGUUCACGGUUCUCUCGGUGCUGACGGUGGUGUUGAUGCUGAUCUUUGCUAACGUGACUCAUAUGGUAUGCAAUCCACUCGAUGAUCCGUUAGCAAGACCGGAUGUGAUGUCGUUUGUCGAGCGUUACAUCGAGAUGGCAAAGCAUCAAGACAACUGGAAUCAAUCUGAACUUGGUCAAAUAUUAGACUCGAGAAGUCCCGUUGAACUGAUUCGAGCGUGUCAACGAAAUGAAACCUUCUAUCAAAUGUUUGAUCUCGAUAAGAAAUACCAUCUGGCUGAUCUCAACAAAUUCGAUCAAGAUGCCAUCAAGCAAUUGGACGAUUAUUUGGAGAAAAUCCUUGGAGAGUUGCCGAUUGAGAAACCGUUGGGAGCGUUUGUGUCGGAAAAGGAAUUGGAAGAACUACACUCACUCUCUGACAUCAAUAUCACACAAUUAUCAGCUGAUGGACUAGCAAAGAUCAAAAGAACUAUCGAUUCUUUGGAUUUGAUGUCAAAGGUGAAUGAGUUCACAACGGAAGCCGAUUCGAUUGGCGGAGGAAAACCACAAGCAGUUAGCUCAAUCAUCGAGCAAAUUCAAGAGAUUGACGUCAGAAUUGCUCAGCCUUUGCGAAGCCGACUUGAGAUUUUGUAUAAAAAUUUGACAGUCCUGGAUACAAGACUCCAUGAACUCCAAGUUCCGGUCUCUUCUCUUAUCGGAAAGCUCGAACAUGCACAAGCGCUUCUUUCACAGGACGUUCGUUCUCACGUUGAGCAAGCAGCGAAAGACAUCUUGAGGCAAUUGAUCGGCACCUUUGAAUCAUACGUUGGGCAUGCAAAGUUCCAGAUUGAAAGCGAUGUCUCUUCUUGUGGGCCGAUCUCUGAUAUCGCUCGAAACUCUAGAACCGCUGUUUGUGGACAUACAAUUGAUCCAAUAAAUGGUGCCUGGAUGUCUCUCCUAAUUUCCCUUCUCGUUUCAUUCCCUAUUGUCUGUAUGGCGACAGCCCUUCGACGACUUUACAACAAAAUGCAUUCCUUCCCGAAAUACGUUGUCCACGAGCCGAACUCGAUCGACCAUCAAAUGUCCUCAUUUGUCACUGACAUCUAUGAUGCGAGGAUAAAACCUGGUUACCCGAACUAUUCCUACAUGGACGAUUACCACCGAACAUACCGC